AUGCAUACUGCAUCUGCGCAUAAAGCACCGUCUGGGUUUUUGUCUUUCAGGUUAGUUGCAGCGCUUGUACGGCAAGACAAGUACGACGUGGGUAGCGGCGAGCAAUUCGACGACUUGGUGGGCCUUAUCGAGCACUUCAGAUCGUAUCCGAUGAUAGAAACUUCCGGCGAUGUCCUGCGCUUGCUGCAGCCCGUUAGCGGUACUUGCAUCAGAGCUCAUGAUAUUAAUCAGAAAGUCAUGGAAAUGGACGACAUACUAAAAUCAGAUAGCAAAUGCGGAUUUGAUGCAGAAUUUCACUCAUUGAAGAUUAUAGAAGAUUUGCAUGUUUUCACUAUGGAUGAGGGAACCAAGACCGAGAAUAUGGCUAAAAAUCGAUAUAGGAACAUACUACCAUAUGACCAGACGCGUGUCAUCUUACGGAAAACCGGAGAUGGUCAAGAAACCGAUUAUAUCAACGCGAAUUUCAUCCGGUCGUCACGGCUCUGUGACUCAUCUAGCUCCGUACAGUCUUCAAACGAGAGUCUCAACAGCGUACAGUCUUUAAUACUCCGAAAUGACUCCAGAAAGUCCGCAUCACUCGUCACAAAAUCCCUGUCGGAUGAUGCCCUCAGAGAAGUGAAAAAAAUUAUCAGAAUGGAUAAAAUCAAUGGAAAUUUACGAAGAAAUAUAGUAAAAGACAAAGUUUACAUCGCAACGCAAGGUUGCCUGUCAAAUACCGUGGAUGAUUUUUGGCAAAUGAUCUGGCAAGAAGACGUCAGAGUAGUUGCAAUGAUCACAAAUGAAACAGAAGGGGGAAAGAAAAAAUGUGAACGAUACUGGCCUCUCGCUGGCCACGAGGAGCGCUAUUACAACCUGUUCGUGAAGUCGAUAUCAGAAACCUGCUACGAAGACUAUCUUCUCCGGGAGCUUGACGUCACAGAUGACAAGAAGCAAUGCAGAACCAUUUAUCAGUACCAGUUUACAACAUGGCCUGACCACGGGGCACCGCCUGAGCCGGACGGAGUCCUGACAUUUAUAGACGACAUCAAUAGGAGGAUGUAUCUCAAUUCACAAGAUGGAAACGCGCCGGAACAGAACGUACUAUGUGUACAUUGCUCAGCAGGAGUCGGCAGAACGGGCACAUUUAUUGUUCUGGAUAUGCUCAUCGAUAAAAUUAAAAUGUCUGGGUUUAACAGUGACAUAGACGUUCACAACACUGUGAAAACGGUGCGGUCACAAAGAAGAGGCAUGGUACAGAACAAGGCUCAAUACAGAUUUAUUUACCUGGCGUUGCAAAGUUACAUCGAUAACAAGAGCUUAAAGAAAAAGAUUUAUACCAUAGAAGCUUAA